UCCCGUCCCGUCCCGUCCGGCGCCGUCCCGCCGCCCGCCCGCCAGCCAUGAGCUCCACGCAGUUCAACAAGGGCCCCUCGUACGGGCUGUCGGCCGAGGUCAAGAACCGGCUCCUGUCCAAAUAUGACCCCCAGAAGGAGGCAGAGCUCCGCACCUGGAUCGAGGGACUCACCGGCCUCUCCAUCGGCCCCGACUUCCAGAAGGGCCUGAAGGAUGGAACUAUCUUAUGCACACUCAUGAACAAGCUACAGCCAGGCUCCGUCCCCAAGAUCAACCGCUCCAUGCAGAACUGGCACCAGCUAGAAAACCUGUCCAACUUCAUCAAGGCCAUGGUCAGCUACGGCAUGAACCCUGUGGACCUGUUCGAGGCCAACGACCUAUUUGAGAGUGGGAACAUGACGCAGGUGCAGGUGUCUCUUCUUGCCCUGGCGGGGAAGGCCAAGACUAAGGGGCUGCAGAGCGGGGUGGACAUUGGCGUCAAGUACUCGGAGAAGCAGGAGCGGAAUUUCGACGACGCCACCAUGAAGGCUGGCCAGUGCGUCAUCGGGCUGCAGAUGGGCACCAACAAAUGCGCCAGCCAGUCGGGCAUGACCGCGUACGGCACGAGGAGGCAUCUCUAUGACCCCAAGAACCAUAUCCUGCCCCCUAUGGACCACUCGACCAUCAGCCUCCAGAUGGGCACGAACAAGUGCGCCAGCCAGGUGGGCAUGACGGCUCCCGGGACCCGGCGGCACAUCUAUGAUACCAAGCUGGGAACCGACAAGUGUGACAACUCCUCCAUGUCCCUGCAGAUGGGCUACACGCAGGGCGCCAACCAGAGCGGCCAGGUCUUCGGCCUGGGCCGGCAGAUAUAUGACCCCAAGUACUGCCCGCAAGGCACAGUGGCCGAUGGGGCUCCCUCGGGCACCGGCGACUGCCCGGACCUGGGGGAGGUCCCUGAAUAUCCCCCUUACUACCAGGAGGAGGCCGGCUACUGAGGCUCCCAGCACGCUCUCUCCCCACAUCGUCUCCCCAUCUGGGUUUUUGGGUUUUUCUGUGUUUUCAUCUUUUUUUUUUUU